AGGAGUUAGCGACGUUAGAUUAUUGCACAGAAAAAAUCAGGCUAUGUUUUUUUCGCGGCAGUGUGGUUUUGUUAGAACUUGCAUUGAGCAAGGUGGUAAUCACAUAGUUGCUUUGCUUUGGUGACAACAAAGCUAAAUAAUUUAUGAGUUUGUGCUGUCUACGGACUGUGUGAAUCAAUCACAGUAAUAAUAUUCUAAACGUCUGUACGUAUAAUCGAAUCUGGGUGACAUAAUGCGAUACCUGAAGCUGACGUUUGGUGUUAGUACAACAGGAAAGGAUACAGAUUUAUAAACGUGGCUGUGGCGAAUUCGAUUCAUUGAACUCUGAAUUUAUCAUAAAACACGAAGUCUCCAUGUACGGAGGAACGCUGUGUGUUUAUAUUCUCAAUAAUUAAAACAAAAUAGCGUUUUUAAUUGUACAAAAAUGGAUUUUUCAAAAUUCCGUCAAUCUGGCGAUCUGUCCGACAUUACUGUGGUUGUCGAUGGCGCCGAGUUCAAAUUACAUAAGUUCCCACUGUUUGCCAAGUCUGACUUUUUCUGCAGCUUGGCGCGAACAGGAUCUACAGACACGAACAUUGACUUGGAAGGAUUCCCCGGAGGCCCGCAGAUAUUUAGUAGCGUCGCCGAUUUCUGUUAUAACAUGCCCGUUGACUUCACGAAGAACAACGUUGUAUAUAUUCGAUGUGCGGCCGAGUACCUCCGAAUGAACGGACUCGACAGUUUGGCGGAAAUAUCCGAAAAAUUCCUCCACGACACGAUUACAUCUGCCAAGAUGAGCAGAUCAACUGCCGGAGUAAUAACGCUGUUGUUGUACUGCAGCACUGUCGAGAAGCUGGCAGAGAAAGCAGGCAUUGUAACCAACUGCGUCGAAGCCUUGGUGGACUGCUGGUUGAAGAUACCAACUAAAUUUAGUCCCACGUUCAGAAUGCCACAGGCUGAAACACAAGCAGAUGACUUGGCACUGAGAAAUCUGUGUUCGCUUCCAAGUGUCUGGUUCGUUAAUAUUCUAACGCUGGGGCGUGAUAAGGGCGUAAAAUUGUCCGAAUUAGCAGAGAUGGCGGUAAAAUAUGUGUCGUCUGUCCUGGAACGUGCAGACACGGAAGAUACGAAGAUAAGGCCAGAACAAGGACUAGUGAAGCCAAGCGACGUCCAUCCAGUGACAACCGAUGAUAAAGACGCUGAUAAGACAAAUGUGUCUAAAAACUCAUCUUUAAUUGGUUCACCAGUAACUAGGAGCACAGACCCGGCUUUGAAAGAUUUCAGAAGAGAAGACCAUGGAAAGAUCCUGGACGCUGUAUUGAUGGCCCUGCCAGAAGAAGCAUACUCGGGUGCCUUCAUGACCACGGAAUGGCUGACGAAGGUCCUGCGCGUGGCCACAGCGCGGGGCUGCACGUGCCGGCGCUUUCUUGUGAAGAUUGCAAGCGAGAUGUUAAACACUCUGUCUCCGGAGGACCUGUGCAUCAUCUCGCCCUCAGUUCUUCACGACAUCGUCGCAGAAUCGUCGGGACAAGACGGGGUGAAUGCAGAAAAGGCUGCCAAGCUCGUAGACACGUACAUGUCGGAAAUGGCGCGAAAAGGCGUCCUCACGGCUGAAACAUUCAAGCUUCUGGCAUCAGCAGCGCCGUCUGACUGUAGGACUAACCAUGAUAAGAUAUACGACGCUUUAGAAUACAUCCUCAAAUCAGAAAAGGACAAAAUCAGUUCUGACCAGCGACAAGAAUUACUGGAUAUCGUAAACUUCGGUUUGAUGACAGAAGAAGGCCUAAAGAGGGCGUGCGAUUCGCAACUGGUGCCUCCUUCAUGUGUUGCUAGAGGAGCCCUCAGCCUCUGCUCCAGACUAAAAUCGGAACUGGAUUCGGUUAAGUAUAUCGCUCAAAUGCAAGAAGAGGAACUGCAGAAGUAUCACAGGUCAAAAGCCGAACUGUCGCCAUCUGAAAAUGAACUCACUAAUGUAAAGAACCAUUCGGAUUCGGGUUUUUCCGAGAGUCCCGCCAAAAUCAGCCCGACUUCGGCAGACGCUGUCAAGGCCGCCCACGACGUGUUGUCGGCGGCCAGAACCAAACUGGCCACCCAGGAUAUCUCCAACUUCCGGCCCGUGCACAGAUACGCGCCACACUCCUCGCUGUACGGCUACCCGGGACCAGUGGAGCACGACAUCAGUUUCGAAGACGAAAUGGACUUCAAAUUUGAUCGAACUUUCAGAAGCCUCGAUCAACGAACCAGGCAAAAGCCUACGUUCACCAGCGCUAAUACAUCUAACCACUCCUCCCUUCCCCGUUCUUACUUCCCUUACUCGUACAGGUAUUAAACAGAAUUAAUGUGGGUUAAGGCUCGGUCGGGCUGCUGGUGUUCUCUUGCAUUUGCCAGCGCGGGCGGUCCCCUCCUCCAACCCACCCCAAACCCUUUUCCUGUCCUGGACGGAGGAACCGGUCCAGGCCGACACCUGUGUCCAUGACAGGCGUGCGCUACAACAGCUUGUUCAAAAUGUGCACGUUAAAGCUAAUGCCCUGACCUGGUUAAGACUUAUUUUAUAGAGUGGAAGCCGAUCGUGCGUGUUGUUCAACUGUUGCGUUUUGGGCAUAUCAAUGGUAUACCAAAGGCUGUGGAUUAUUUCAUUGCGACUGGCCGCAUGCGUUUUGCAGACGCACGCAUCGCACACAUCCAGUCUAGACGCAUUGAAAUUAAUGUAUUUCGAUUUAGUUUUAAGCCAGACUGCACGCACGCGCCGCAUCCAGUCUAUAUGAGCCUUUACUGGUGACAAAUUCAUACAUUGUGUGACAUCUGUGAUUACAUUGAAAAAGAAACCAUACAGCCUUAAAACCAAUUAAUUCCAUUUUGACUGUGAUUUGUAACCUGUGAUAUAUUCCUCGAGAUAUUGAAUCAAAUCAAUUAAUCAACCCGUUUGAUACCAGAUUUUAUCUACUGAAGGUUCAAGCAUGUCUGCCGUGGGCACACCAUCAAAAUUCGCCGGCAAAUGUGUCCAAACCGGAAAUUGUGAAAGUAGAAAGGCUGUGCAAUUUUUAAUUUUUAAUUUUAAACGAAAGCAAAAGGAACGCACAAACACGCAAACAAAACAAAACAAACAGCUUAUUAGCACCAAAGAGAAUACUAAUAGAUAAUAAUUAAAUUUUAAAUUAAAUCCAAAACGAACUUUACUAUUUAGAUAUUUAUUUUACUUAUGUCAUGCACUUGUGCAUAGGGAGGGUUUUGGGGGUCGAACCCCGCUCUUGGCGAUUUUUAAAAAUGUAUCUUCUGGGGGGGGGGGGGGG